AUGAACGCCGUCCUCGGCGCCGUCGCCACCCUCCUUCUGCGCGUGCCCGCACUCUCGAUGGCUAAGCCAGCCGGCGCAGUCCUCACCGGCGUCUGCGAGGGGCUCUACAUGCACGAGGCGCUCGCCGAUCCGAAGACGCCACACACGCUCGCGGUGUGCGCCUUCGGGCUGCGGCUCGCGGUCGACCGCGCGCUGGGCUCGGGCGGUGUCUAUCUCGGUAUCGUGUGCAUUUGGACCGCGCUCGGCGCGCUGCUCGCCGAGCUCGUGAGCCCGACGCACGCGCACGACAAGAAGCUACGUCGAAGUCGCUCGAAGAGGCGCCGAUACCGCACGAGCACGACAGAGGCGCUGACGCCGGAGGAGGUGGAGGAGCUCGAGAAGGCACACCGCGAGCGGAUUAGAAGGGAGGAGCGCAGCGCGCGAAUGCGCAAUGAGCGCGUGCAGUUCAUAUCGCCCGUGCAAACGUCGUCGCUGCCGCCCGCCACUGAAGAAGUCACCCCGAUUCCCACACCCACCACCCUCGAGAGCUCUGAUUUCCAUGUGUCUACCGACCCUACCACGCCUGUAUCCUCACAUACGGCAAGCCCUAUACGCACCGAGCCGCAACCUGUCAUCCCACCACGAAUCACUAUCGACCCAAGGAACCGAUCCUUCCCAGAGCUCUCGCCAAUCACUGCGUCUCCCACCGCAUCCCGCUCUUCUUCGACCCUCACGCCACAAUCCCCACAUUCACCCUCACCACCACCGAGACCUAUACCCGCGCCCCCUCCUGUUCUCGACUACCGCUUGGAAGGCCGCUCAAGACGACCUAGUCUCACUACCGUCCCCGAAGAGUCAACAGUGCCGAGCUCGUCGAAUCAGACGCGUACCGACCCGGAUAUCUCGCGCUCUCACACCGACGACGACGAUGAAGAAGAGCACAUGUCCCUUCCACCGGACGAAGGUCUCGACGUAGGCUCCCUCGGACGCGUCAGGCUGGCCAAGAGCGGCCUCUUGCUCGUUCCACCGAAUAAUGCAGAACCACCUGAAGAUAGUGGAUCGCGAGCGCACACCCCCGCCGACCGCAACCUCGAAGUCGUCGAAGCAGACGAAGAGUCCGACGAGCUGCAGACACCGCAGACGCGAUACCUCGUCGUGCGCGACGCUUUGACGACGCCGCCCGACGCCAGACAACAGUUGCCCACCGAGGCACCGCCCACCUUCUCUUCCCUCCCGCCGCAGGGCGUAAGCGUCAGUUACCCCCUGCCCGCGCACGCACAGUCCAGCACUGCCCCGACGGAGGCAGCCAUCACCGAGAUCGACGACACCGAGGCGACGAGCGAGAUCUCGACGGGUGGGGCAUUCGGCCCUACCAUCGAGAAGGCCGACCGCCUGCGGGAGGAGGCGCGCGCGAAGUACGAUGAGGCCCGACAGUUGGAGUAUCGCGCGAGGACCGCGGAUAGGCAGAACAAGCCCCGGGAGGCGUUCAUUCUGCGUAGGGAGGCGGAGGCGGCGGGGAAGGCGGCAGAGAAGCUUGACGCGCAGGCGGAGCGAAGAUAUUUCCACGGUGCGUAG